AUGGAUUCCAACGAAUCAUUAAAGAAUACUUCGAGACACCCCAAAUGCGCCCGAUGUAGAAACCAUGGCGUGGAUUCUCAUCUCAAAGGUCAUAAACACCAUUGUAAAUGGCGGGAUUGCACGUGCAUCAAGUGUAUCCUGAUAGCAGAAAGGCAGCGAAUCACAGCAGCAAGAGUAGCAUUAUUAAGGUAUCAAACCCUGAGUGGAAAUCCGGCCAAUGCUGAUUGGCAAGGUAAUUAUAACGCGGGGGAAACAAGUGUCCCAGACCACGAGGACCUGACGGAUGGUGAGGCGGAACCCAGGCAUCCCCUCGAGUUUCAUGGCCAUGUACGAGAAGCACAGAGAUCGUUUACCAAUACUACUGUACUCCAAGGAGCACAAGGAAAACUAGACGGCAAGGCAACCUAUUCAAGGCAAAUCAAACGUGAGCGCACAAGCAGCGAAAACAGUUCGUUAGAUUUCCAGUCUGAUAACGAACCACAAGCUAAGAGAAGAAGGGAACAAAAGCCUACAGGUGACGUGCCGACAUGUCAUACAGCGUCCCUCGUUUGUCCAAACCAAGGGACGUAUUUCAGUAAUACGUGCCAGCCCCCUUUUCGUGACAAGGAAGACUUUGAUUACACCGUCAACUUCUUAAGGCGAAGCUUUGGAGUUUUGGCUGAGCCAGAAAAAAGUCCACAACCAAUGGAAAUUCUAGUUAAGAUUUUCCCUUCCUUCAGGCGAUAUGUAUUAGAGCUCGUGCUGAUGGGGUGCGAUAACAAUGUCGUUAAAGCAAUCGAGUGUAUUCUAGCACACUCACCACCCCCACUAGCCUCUAGUAACCAUAGCGACCAACAAACAAGUGGCCCAAGUCCUCUACAGGCUUCAACACCAGACUCACCCGUCCACGAAGUCACCACCAACAAAGAAGGACCUCUACAUGGAAAUCUUCACCCAAGACAAAAAUCUAGUCUGAUGUAUAUGGAGAUUUCCCCAAGACCUUCAAAUCUGCAGAUGCCGCCACCGCCACGCUUGGCAAGGACCCAACUCUAUAACCCUGUGACCUGUCUCCCUCAUACCACCUCUACCAUUCCUUCUGCAGUAGCUUAUCGCACGGUGGUUGGGUCACACUACCCUGGCUCACCGGAAGUGCAGAAGAUCAAACCAUUUCCUUGUUACAAUUGUGGUUUGAUGUCAUGUGAUGACAUUACGUUCUGCCGCAAGUGUGGGGAAAAGAUGGUGAAGCCAACAAGUCCAGGAAAAAAGUUUCCUGGCAAUCCACAAAUGAAGGAUAAUUUAAAUGAGAAAAAUUAAGAUUAUUUCUCAAAAGGACACAAUCAAGCUGCUAGACUUUCUCUUUUUUCU